AUGAAGUACGUCCCGUCACCACAAGCCCUGCGAUGGCUGCAGUCUCUGGCCCGACCCCAAACAACCACCCUGAGCAGCUUGGCUACGCGUCCUCAAAUCACAGCAACAUCAACGACAUACACCCCUUUCCUCCGUGCCACGACCGCGAGUAGCAGCAGACAUUUCCACGCCUCGAGCCGGCUCGACAGGAUCGAGACACACACGCUGUCGGACAUCGGCGAGGGCGUCAAGGAGGUGCAGAUCAUCCAGUGGUUCGUCGAGGAAGGGGCGCCCAUCGAAGAAUGGAGUCCCCUGUGUGAGGUGCAGAGCGACAAGGCCUCGGUCGAGAUCACGUCCAAGUACAGCGGCGUCAUCAAGAAGAUCCAUUUCCCGCAGGAUGCCGUCGUGCAGGUCGGCGAUGCCAUGCUCGACAUCGAGGUGGAGGGUGAUGAGGAGGAAGGACCACACGACACUGAAGCGCCGUCUCAGGACGAUCCCGGCAAGGUCGCAAACCAGGAGCAAGCCGCUGAGGAUCACAGGGACGCCGUCCCUCCCCCUCCUCCACCUCCUCCUUCCACCAGCAGCAACCAACAAGGCACAUCCACGACCACUACUACUGCUGCUGCUGCUCCUGCUCCUGCUCCUGCUCCCGGAGCCACGCCCAAAACACCCGGAAAAUACGCCUCCCUGGCCACCCCCGCCGUCCGGGGCCUGCUGAAGGAACACGGCAUUGCGAUCGAAGACAUCACCGGCACGGGCAAGGACGGCCGUGUCUUGAAAGAGGACGUGUACCGAUAUCUCGAACAAGGAGGCCCUGCUGCACAAGCAGCUCCCGCUGGUGGAGCAGCUGCACUGUCGACGAUCAAGCCCGGCAUCGACGCGAAGCAGACGGAGACGGCGCAACGGCUGACCCCGAUCCAGUCCGCCAUGUUCAAGAGCAUGACGGGAUCCCUGUCCAUCCCGCAUUUCCUGUACUCGGACACGAUCGACAUCACAAACCUGGCGUCGAUGCGGGCGCGGCUGAACGCGACCAGAAACCCGGAGACGACUCCCAAAUUCUCGUAUCUCCCGUUCAUCGUCAAGGCCGUGUCGCUGGCCAUGAACCAAUACCCGCUCCUCAACGCACGGUUGGACCUGACCACGGACCCCAACAAGAAGCCCCAGCUGAUGAUGCGAUCGGUGCACAACAUCGGGAUCGCGAUGGACACGCCCAAUGGGCUGGUCGUGCCUGUGAUCAAGGCCGUCAACGCGCGGUCCAUCACGUCCGUCGCGCACGAGAUCCAACGUCUGGCGCGGCUCGGCCAGGCCGGGAAGCUGGGCAACGACGACCUGACCGGCGGCACCAUCACGGUCAGCAACAUCGGCAACAUCGGCGGCGAGGUCGUGGCGCCCGUCAUCGUCGAGGGCCAGCUGGCCAUCAUGGGAGUCGGCAAGGUCAAGACCGUGCCCGUCUUUGCCGCCGAUGGAGUCACCGUGCGGCCCGCGCAGACGGUCAAUCUGAGCUGGAGUGCGGAUCACCGCGUCGUCGAUGGCGCCACGAUGGCCAGGAUGGCGCAGGUCGUGCAGAAAUACCUCGAGGAGCCCGGGACCAUGGUUGUCGAAAUGAGUUGA